UUGUUUCUACGUUUGAACCGUCGACCAACCUCAAAAACAACACACAGAAAAAAAGAAAAAAACCAACAGUAAACCGGCCACCGGAGAAAUCAGAGAAUUUUCAAAGAACAGAAAGAUGACGACUGACUUGACUCAGAUGCCGCCCGGUUUCCGGUUUCAUCCGACCGACGAGGAGCUUGUUAUGCACUAUCUCUGCCGGAGAUGUGCGUCGCAGCCGAUUGCUGUGCCGAUUAUCGCUGAGAUCGACCUCUAUAAAUUCGAUCCUUGGGACCUUCCUGAAUUGGCCUUGCACGGAGAGAAAGAGUGGUAUUUCUUCUCUCCAAGGGAACGGAAAUAUCCGAACGGUUCGCGUCCGAACCGGGCGGCCGGUUCGGGUUAUUGGAAGGCAACCGGAGCCGAUAAGCCAAUCGGACAUCCGAAACCGGUUGGAAUCAAGAAGGCGUUGGUUUUCUACGCCGGUAAAGCUCCGAGAGGAGAGAAAACCAAUUGGAUUAUGCAUGAGUACCGGCUCGCCGACGUGGACCGGUCAGCUCGCAACAAGAACGAUCUUAAGCUUGAUGAUUGGGUUCUAUGCCGGAUUUACAACAAAAAAGGCGUAAUCGAGAAGCGACAUCAGAUUUCCAUCACUCGAAACACGAACGUCUUCGAAGAUGAAGAAGACGAGAAGCCGAAGAUUUUCACCAGUCGAGGCGGCGGUGAUUCGUCAAUGCCGCCAGUGACGGCGGCGCCGGCGGCGGUAGACGAUUACAUACAUUUCGAUACAUCGGAUUCAAUACCGCGAUUACAUACAGAUUCAAGCUGUUCGGAGCACGUGGUAUCGCCGGAGUUCACGACGGGUGAAGUUCAAAGCGAGCCAAAAUGGAAGGAAUUGGAAAACGCCUUUAAUUUUCGAUAUAAUUACAUUGAUACCUCCCUAGACCAUGAAUUCGCAACGCAGUUUCAGAGCGGGAAUCAGAUGUCGCCAUUGCAGGAUAUGUUCAUGUACCUGCAGAAGCCCUUUUAAAUCACCACCGUCUGAUUCUCAUUUCAUUUCACAAAGUCCUUCGAAUCUUAAAACUUUCUAACAGCCGUUGAUGGUCAUCACUCAAUCCGACGGUCCGCACGAGACUGGAGUCUGUGAGUGCGCCACGUGUAUAGGAAAAAAAUAUACAUACAUACGGAUACGAGAGACAGUACGUAGUUAGUUAUUGUAGAAGUGGGGGAUGUUGUGGGGUCCACUGUAGCAUUAGAUUGGACGGACGAGGUUUAAUCAGAGAUUGGUUGCGCAACUGGCGGUGUUUUAAUAUGAUUAAUUACUAUUUGGUAAGAUUUAAUGAAGCGACCCUUCUAAGUUCACCUUUAUUUUGUAGCUUAAAUUAAAUCUUAGGUUUGUUAAUAUAUUGAAAUUUCUUAUUAUAUGAUUUUUUUUCUUUUUAAA